AUGUCCGCGCCGCCCCUCGAUCUUCUCGAGUCUGGGGUGGACAGGCGCACGAAGCGCGACCGCGCGUGGCUGAAGCCAGUGGUCGAGGUGCUGGCGACCAACGGCAUCGAGAGUCCGGAGGACCUGGUCAAACUCAACGUCAGGGCCGCGACCUUCCAGCUCAACGGGCUGGUCGAGGGCAAGGUCGCUUUUGCUUUCCUCGAGCGCGCCGUCGCAAAGGCAACCCAGUCCGCCGAGGCCGCGGCGCCAAGCGGUUCACAGGAGCCGGUGAGCGCCCUCCUGCAGACGCUCCAGGGCGGCCGCAUGCCAGCGGUCCACGUGGACAUCGCCGCAGGCCUGGGCGGCAUGACCUUGGCGGGCUUGCCAGCGUCGUGCUGGCCGUCUCCGCAAUUGACCGACUGGGUGCAGGGCCAGGUCAAGGCCGCGGAGAGCAAGGGCAUCACGAAGCCCUUCCUCUACAUGCCGAUCAAGAAAUUCCUCCCGUACUACGCGGCGGACAAGAGGCAGCCCGACGAUCCCGAGGGGGAGCGCGGCGUCGCGCGGUCCUUCGCGCAGGAGAUCGCUCGCGGCAUCUGCCAGGCGAGGGGCCCCGACAAGAAGCAGGGGGACCUGCCGAGCAUCCUGCAGUGGUGCGUCGCGUUUGACAGAUGGGCAAUCGUCGCGGCGCUCACCGGUCAGAUGCCGCUCGCGGCGUCCAUGUCCCACAAGGAGGUCGUGAUGCAGCUCGCCCUGUCGGCGCGGGCCUGUGGGCGCACGACCGCGAUCGCCGUCCUCUACGACGAGAUCGCCCGGCGCGAAUGGGCAGACCUUUCAGCGGGCCUGGGCGCCUUCGACGUCGCCGCGGCCGCGCAGUCGCAGAACGCGGCCACAGUGCUCCGGGCGGAGCGCGAGUGCGACGCCCGCGGGUUCCAAGGGCAUUACUCGUCCGGGAGUGCCGCCAGCGGGGCGCAGUCAGCCGCGGAGCCAGUGGGGGUCCAGUCAGGUGCAGUUCUCCCCAACACAUCCUGCGCUGAUCUGAGUUGCUUCCAGUCGGCAUUCGACGCUGCCAGCGCGCAAGCUCUGCGCGGCGAAUUAGCGCCCGACGAGGUCGAGGCGCUGCGUUUCACGCGUGAGGCGCUCGGCCGCCGCGACGCGCAGCCGAAGCGCACGGACGUGCAGUGCGAGUGCAUGGAAGCGUUGCGGUGGAGCGCCGCGCGUAGCCUACGCCAGUGCAUCAAAGAACGCGAGGAGCGCGUUCGGCGCAUCGAAGCCCGGGCGGCGCACUUCGAGGCGUCCGGGGGGGGCCGAGGCCGCGAGAAAGGCGCCCCUCUGUUGGGUAACCUAGAAUAUAGCGGCAACGGUCGCGCGCUCAGCCCGGAAGAGCGCGCGGGCGACACUGGCGCUGAGCUCGCCCGUUUGCGUGCCAGCGCGCUCGCGUGCAACGGCUUGAUACUUGCAUCAAUUCGCGGGGAUCCCCUCGCCAGCGAGCUGCUCCGUGAGACGCGGGAGGAGGCGGACUUGGGUAGGAUGCCUCCGCCGCGGGCUUUUAGGCCCGACAUCUCCGCGGCCGAGCUUGCCGCUGCUUGGGGCGAAACAAUUCGUCUGGUGCCCAGGUUUGGGGUCUCGCAACCGAAGCCCGACGGGUCGCUGAAAGUGCGCCCGGUGGAUGACUUCACGCGCUCCAGGGUGAACGGCGCGUGCGCUCCCGCCGAGAAAUUAAGCGUAGAGGGCGCGGACCAGCUGGUAGCGGUCGCGCGCGCCUUCUUCGAGUUGCACGGCGCACUUCCCGAGCUGUGGAAAGCGGACAUAGAUUCCGCUUACCGCCGCAUCCCGUUGGCCCCCGCCGAUAUGUGGGCCGCUGUCAGUGUUUUCAAGGAGGGCGGCCGCCUGUGGUGCUCGCAGCACCUGGUCUGCCCGUUCGGCGCGCUAGCAUCUUGCCACGACUGGGGCCGCGUGGCCGCCAUGCUCUCGCACUUCGCAAGGCGGCUCGCCCAGCUGCCAGUUGGGCGAUACGUAGACGUUUAUUUUGCGCCGGAUCGCCCCGGCGCGGCCGACCACGCCAUGCGGUGCUUCGCUCGCAUCGUCAGAGUCGCGCUCGGCAGCGACGCAGUAGCCGACGCGAAGCUGGCGCACGGGGCCCAGCUGGUCGUGUUGGGGCUGCUCUUUUCUUUCUGUGCGCAGGGCGUACACUGCGAGCCAGCGUGCGACAAGCGGCUCAAGUGGUCGUCCGCCAUCCGGCAUGCUUUAGAGUGCGGCGCGUUGCACCAGGGCGCUGCGAAGAAACUCGCGGGCGCUCUCGCAUGGGCCGCGCAGCGCUUGUUUAAGCGCUUGGACAGAGCAAUGCUCCGCCCACUCUUCGCGCACCAGCACAAGCGCUCCAAUCGUAUCGGGCGGCCUCUCGAGCUCGCGCUGCACUGGUGGGCCCAAGUGCUCGAGCUCAGGCUGCGCGAAGUGGCCAGCUGGAAGCAAGGGGACAUGCCUGCGGCACACAUGUUCUGCGAUGCGCGGAGCACGCCCCCUCGCGCCGCCGCCGUGAUUUUUAUAGACGGCAAAAUCCUGUUUACCGAGUACGCACCCGACGCAGCUCUGAUGCGGAACUUCAAGCGCAGACGCGACGGCCAGAUUAUGGGCCUCGAGGUCUUGGCGGUCGCAUUAGGCUUGUCGUCUUUUGAAGAGCGACUGGCAGGUCGGGCGCUGGAAGUGUUCUCGGACAAUUCGGGGGCCGAGAGGUCAGUGGCGCGCGCGAGCGCCCGGGACUGGGAUCACGCAGCCCUCGUCCGCGGCAUUUGGUCUCUCGCGGCGCGCAUGUCCCUGUCGAUGUGGGUGCGCCGCGUCCCGUCCAAAAGCAACAUCUCGGACGGGCCGUCCCGCGAGGUCUACAGUCUCUUGCACCUGCUCGGCGCGCGCCAGGUGCCAGCGGUGCUCGAUGCGCGGUUUCACGCAGCCGAGGCCUGGGAGGCGCUGUG